AUGGCAUCCGAGUUCAACAAUAUAAUUCACUCUCUCAUCGCGAGCACACCGUCCGGCGAGAUCAAAGAUGUUUAUAAGAAUCUGCUCGUUAUAGCAGGUGAGCAGGCGGAGGACACUAUUUUGGACUCCAUAGCUAAGUACAAUGUCACAAACUUCAUUCCCAUUCAAGUUGAAGGACGUUCAGUAAUAAUCUCAAACUACAACAAAGAGGGUUCUAAGUUCUUUGACCCCGUAAGCUCGAGGUUGUUUUCGGUAAAUCACCUAGAUCGGACAGCUUUUGACGUGAAUUCAUGUGAAAAGAAGCUUUGUGAAACCUCUGAGUCUAUCCACCAGGACUUAGAAUCCUAUACAUCCAAGACGUUUCCUGGAAAUGUUUCCUACGCUGUUUAUCCCGGGGACGCUCCCCAUGACAUUGUGAUCGCCAUCGUUAGCACCAAAUACAGCCCUGGGAACUUCUGGAACGGCCAUUGGAAAUCAGUCUACCAUUACAACUUAGAUACGAAGCAAUUGAAGGGUGUUAUUGAUGUCAACGUUCACUACUAUGAGAACGGAAACGUGAGUUUCCAGUGCGAGAAGCAAGUUGAAGACCAAUCGGCCAGCAACGCUGUGGUAUCUAUCAAAACUCUGGAGAACGAGCUGGAAAAAGAGAUGCGUGCAUCCUUCACAAACCUGAACGAGAAAGAAUUCAAGCUGUUGAGAAGAAGACUGCCCGUGACCCGAUCGAAAAUCAACUGGGGCAAAGGCGUUGGCACUUACAGACUCGGCAAAGACUCGGCUGAAAAUCAGUUUAGGUGA